AUGCGAUUUCCUGGCCGCUCAUCAAAGACAACCCCAACGCCAGCUGUACCGAGCAUCCUCACAUUAUUUCCAGUACUCGAUGAUACAGUGCUUGAAAAGGCACCGGUGACCCAUCGGGCGGACAAUUGUGUAGGGUACGGACUCGAGGUAGUUCCGAUCGAGCGGUGCAACACCUCCUGCGGCAAAACUGUUUCCCCGGAUACUCCAGAGAAAGAGGUGCUCUACGCGACACUCACCGACUGGAACAGGCGUUCGAAGCCUCUACCACCGCUUCCAAACGCUGCCUGGAAAGUGUUAGUCAAACGCAAGUGGUAUCGACUACCAUCCAACGCGAAAAAUUCCGACCACUUCCACGCUGACCGCGCGUCUCAGGUGCAACUCGGUCUCUUGUUGACGAUUUGUCUCGGCCUGUUGUCAGUCAAACCACGCCUGGCCAAGCGGGAACCCAGUGAGCAGUCUUCAGAUGUAGCGACUUCGCCAAUUCGGCCCUCUAGUCCUUCCAUCCCCUUAGAUACUUUCAGUCUGAACCUCAGCACCCCUCGCCAGCAGAGUUCUGCUUGCCUUUCUGACAGCGAUGACGCCGAUUCAUGGCCAUGCACCUCACAAGCGAAAUUGCAUAUUUCUGUCUCUUCCUCAGAACGUCCACUGUCGCAGCUGGAACUGACUAUUCAAAAGACGAGUGGGACGGGCACGAGCAGUUAUGGACAGCAAUUUCCACCGACCAUUUCAGCUGAAUUCGAUCCAAUCUAUCCUAUGAACGACUCUGACGAUGAAGUGAUAUGGCAUUUUCAAGCAUCAUACGAUCGCAUUGUGCUACUGGCAAAUGAUGAGUUGUCAUUUCACGGCCAACCUCAACAUGAAGCCGAACGAGAGACGAGUGGGAAGAUAUCACCUAACGAUAGCCCCUGGGUCUGCUAUUUUAACAAUACCAUCAUGGAAGUGUUCGUCUAUGCGUCCCAACGCGCAGGUACAGCGACCAAUUCCACGCAAGGAGCGAAUAAUACUACCGAGACGUCUUCGUUGCCAGCUUUUCCCUUUGUGAUACAAAUCUUCGAACAAUGGAUUCAGAACGGAACACGUGCCUAUUGUGAACAGCAAAAAGUGUCGGAACGGGGAGCUCUCCGCAAAAGCGAUGCACCACGAUACUUUCUCAGCACAACUGACGCGACGUCCGUCUACGCCUCCUCUAUUGAUAAGAAAACCAAGCAGCAAGCAGGCGUUUCUGAUAGUGCUUGCCAAUGUCAAUGGAUCGUGCAGUGAGGCUGUCAGAAAGACACCCAGAUUCCACUUCGACCACUCAGCUUCCACAUGUCACUCUGACCCGCUAGAUUGGUUUACAACCUGGAAUUGGUUGGCUGGAUGAUUGGUCGCGGCGUUGAGGAUCUUUCUGGAUUUCAUCUUUGGAAUGCAAGGGGUUUCAUCUAUUGCGAAAUCCUCUGACUCUACGACGUAGUAGCUUCCCUCGUCUGUUUAAAUUCAGCGAUGUUCAUAAUUAUAAACACGCUUUACGUAUUGCGGCUCAG